ACCUUUGUUUUUGAUUGCUGCUCUAGACUACUAAAACUUUUUUCUCGUUUACAUUAUCUUAAAACAUAUUCAUAUGAAAAUGCCAUAAUAUGUUACGUACGAAUAAAAUACGAAUAAAAUUUUCAUAUGGAUAUGUAAAUAGAGGUUAAAUGCUUUGAAGCAUUUGUUGAUUGGUCAAUUAAUAAAAUUCUCUGUUUUAAUUGGUCAGUCACCGUACAUUUUGAUUGGAUAAUAUGUUGGAAUUCAAUCAGAAAAAAGAAAAUCUUAACUUUAAUUAGAACUUUGUUCUAAUUGAUUAAAUUUCAUUCCAAUCGUCAUAGAUAUUCUAAUUUAAGUAAAUUUCUUUAUUUUUAUAAUCUUUCUCGUUUUAAGAUGCACAAUCGAUCUCUUGAAAAGGACAAAUCGGAACGCAUUUAUAAACUGCGUGCGCAAUCUAACCUAAUAAUUCAUAAAAGUUGAAAUUUUAUCUAUAUUAUAUAUAUUAACGAGAUGUAUUAUUGCCGAACGUAUUCGACGAGUACAUUCAUUCGUAUGUCUGCUAUAUGAAAUCAUUUGUUGUUUUCUUUUUGUUCCCGCAGGGCCCCUUUGCGUUAUAAAUAUAUAUCUCAAGAACGUCCUUAUAAUUUUUAAGUGGCAAGACUUGGUUAGAAUUAAAUAUUUGUAAGCUACAAAUUUGUACAAAUUGGCAAGAUGUUCUCGAGGAUAUUGCAAAAGCCAUUAAUCGUUGCGAUUAAAAAAAGUUCAGCGCAUACACAAUAUUUCAAUGUUUGGCAAAAAUAUAAUUUUUCCUCUCAAAGGAUACCUCCUGAUUUGAGGGACAAUCAAAAGAAAACUGUGACAUCUUUUCCACCAUUGACAGAACCCAUCCCAAAUCUGCCAAAAGCUGUUUAUUCAACUGUAAAAGAAGAUCAUCAAACAACGCAAAUUACAGUUUUACCAAAUGGUUUGAAAGUCGCAUCUGAAAAUAGAUUUGGACAAUUUUGCACCAUAGGUGUCCUUAUUGAUUCGGGUCCACGAUAUGAAGUGGCAUAUCCUAGUGGCAUCUCACACUUUCUUGAAAAGUUAGCAUUUGGUUCUACAAAUACAUUUGAUAGCAAGGAUAAAUUAAUGUUGGUGCUAGAAGAACAUGGUGGUAUUUGUGACUGUCAAGCAUCUCGCGACACAUUUGUUUACGCAGCAUCAGCAGACCGUCGUGGAUUGGAUAUAGUAACUCAGGUUCUAGGUGACAUUGUUUUAAGACCUCAAAUUACAGAGGAAGAGGUACGAAUUGCUAGACAAACAGUACAAUUUGAACUAGAAUCACUGCACACUAGACCAGAGCAAGAACCUAUAUUAAUGGACAUGAUUCACGCAGCUGCAUAUAAGCAAAAUACAUUAGGUUUGCCCAAGAUUUGUCCGGAAAAGAAUAUUGAAAAAAUUGAUAGGAAAAUUUUACAUACGUAUCUCAAGUAUCAUUAUACACCAAAUAGAAUGGUGGUUGCUGGAGUUGGUGUUGAACAUGAUGACUUGGUCCAUGCCAUUACUAAAUAUUUUGUAGAUCAAAAACCUAUUUGGGAAGAACAACCUGACCUUAUUCUAGCAAAUAACGCAAAUACUGUCGAUAUGUCCAUUGCACAAUACACUGGAGGAUAUGUGUUGGAAGAAUGCAAUGUGCCGAUUUAUGCAGGACCUAGUGGCUUGCCCGAAUUAUCACACGUUGUUAUAGGUUUAGAAGGUUGUUCGCAUCAAGAUCCAGAUUUUAUUGCUAUGUGUGUAUUGAAUAUGAUGAUGGGAGGCGGUGGCAGCUUUAGCGCUGGUGGUCCUGGAAAAGGCAUGUACACACGUUUGUACACCAAUGUGUUGAAUAGGUACCAUUGGUUAUACAGUGCAACCGCAUAUAAUCAUGCUUAUGCAGAUACCGGUCUGUUCUGUAUACAUGCUUCAUGCACGCCGUCUCACGUAAAGGAUAUGGUAAAAGUAAUUGUGCAUGAAAUGGUUACCAUGACAAGCGGAAUCUCGGAUACCGAAUUAGCGAGAGCAAAAAAGCAAUUGCAGUCAAUGUUACUUAUGAAUUUGGAACAACGACCUGUUGUAUUUGAAGACAUUGGUAGACAAGUUCUAGCGACUGGUUCUAGAAAACGGCCAGAAUACUUUAUGCAUGCUAUUGAUAAAAUAUCUAAGGAUGAUAUCAACCGAGUAGCGCGACGAUUGUUGAAAUCAUCACCUUGCUUAGCCGCACGCGGUGAAGUGAAGGCUAUACCUUCCAGGAUGGAGAUUCAGAAUGGCUUGCAUGAUGCGCAAGGUCGGUUACAAGGUUCUCGCAGCAGAUUGUCACUUUUUCGUUAAAAUCGCGGAGAUAUUCAAAUGGUGUCCUAAAUAAAUGUUACUUAUAUCCACAUUCAAUUACAUAUUAAUGGAAUACUGAACGUUUUUUCUUAUAUUGAAGCGGACAAUGCGAAAUACGUAAAUGUCGUAUUUUACAUUAAACGAAUCGAUUGAGAACUACCAGAAUAAUUUUAUUAUAAGAGAAAUAUUAAUGUCAAAGAAUUUUAAAUAACAUAUAUAACAUAAAAACGUUCCUUGUGUAUAUUGAUAUCUAAAUUUUGUACAUACGCGAUGAAAGAUAAUGAAUUAGAAAUACAAAAUAAUUCAUUCGUCAUUCAACAGCA